AUGCGCUCCAUAGCUCUCGUCUUGUUUACCCUGGCGGGCGCCGUGUCGGCGCAAUUUGGCUUCUUCGAUCAAAUGUUCGGCGGCGGCGGCGGUGGCGGGCACCAGCAGCAGCACCAGCAGCAGCCGCAGAACGCGCCGAGCGACUCGGGCCUGUACCGCGCCAACUACGAGCGCACGCACUGCGAGAACUACCUCUGCCCAGACACUCUUGCUUGCGUACACUUCCCCCACCACUGCCCGUGUGCGUGGCCGUCGCACGAGGACAAGUUCGAGCUCGCCGAGGGCCAGCGCAUCUGCGUGUCCAAGGGCGGGUUCAAGGCCGGCGAGGCGGCGAGGAAGGUCGAGCUGGCCCGCAAGGGGUUGCUCUGA